UUCCGGGUGUGUUUAUCUUCGUCAAUGUCACCCAUUUAGACAGCAUAAUACAGUAGGAAUGUCAGGUGUCAAGCAAUUGAUUGUGUUGCUUCUUUUUCGGAUAUGUGUUGCUACAGUUUCCUACCAUGAAUCUGUGACAUGGGACAAAGCAAACGACACAUGCACGUUAGCAACACCAGAGUUUAUUUAUGAUGGUGAAAUCUUUACUGUAAAGGAAGAUCAGAACAUAACAAAUGAUAUGGAUGGAAGGUGGCUUGGGUACUUCAGAAAUAUGCGGGGGUUUGAGUAUUUUGGAUGUAUAAACUAUCCGGGAAUGUUUAGAAUACCAUCGAAACGAAUUGGAAAUAAUUCACCAGGAAAUUGUUUUUCCGUAUGUUCAGGAAACGGAAUAUUUGUUGGACUAAUGAGUCAAGAGUGUUAUUGUUUUAAAACGAUCACAGCAGAAGAGAAAGUUGUUAGCUAUGCGUCAUGUAAUAAAUCAUGUCCGCCACCAUCUGAAGGUUUAGCUUGUGGGGGACAAUCAUUUAUUUCUUUAUAUGUGAUUAAUAAAAAAGUUCUACACAUUCAUAAGGUAUUUGAAUCAGGUCCAAAUGAAAAUAAAAGUAACUGCAUCAGACUUGGAGGCGACAAUAAUAUUUUGUGGGACAAUUGCGACGGUUCGUUACACAGUAUAUGUGAAAAUGAACCUAUUGUUGGAAACGAUCAUUUAGAAUAUGGAUAUUUGAAAAGAUCGGAUGCUUCUGAGAGGUACGAAAUUCAGUUUACCAGCAACAUUCAAGAACGAAAGAAAUCGCUGUGCAAAGGCGAUAUACAAACACCAAAGGAACAACGACAAACCGAUGAUGGUGAUGAUUCAGGUGCAGCAGCUGUUGCAGCUGGUGUUUCAGUCGCUGGUGUCAUAGUGAUUGCUGCUGUUGUUGUUUUCAUAAUACUCAGAAAAAGAAAAAAGACCCCUUCGGUUCUAUGCUGCAAGACAACAGCACGAAAUCAAAACUUAGACAACGAACACGGUAAGCAAGAGCAUGUUGAUAAAGAAAGAGGAGAGUCAAAUGUAUACGCAUCGCCUCACCACGGAUUUGCUGAUCCAAAUAUUGAAGUAUCGUCAAUGGAGAACAGUUUGCCCCAUACCUAUUUUGUACUUGAAAAAACCGGUAAGGAAACUUACAAUGCAAAUGGUAUAUAUAACGUAGUAGGUCCCAUAAAUUGCUCAGACGUUGAAAAUCAGCAAAACAAUUACGAUCGGCGGCGUAAACUAGGCGAACACGCCACUUACGACCGAGUACAAAACGCACAAGUUGGUAUGAAAAACAACGAAUACGACACAACGGAAACGGUUGCUGCAAAACUUAAUAUGCAUACUUCUCCUAAAGGUGAAACACAUGACUGUCAAGAAGCGGAGGGGGAUACAUACAAUCACAUAAAUGAUGAUUUAGCGAAACAAAUUAAAACUGAUAAUGUAUACGGGACGCAAGCUGAUGAAUGUUCUGGAGAAGGUUAUUCCAGCAAACAGAAGACACCUGCGGUAGAAGAAGACAAUUACAGUCACAUACAUAAUUCAAAACUGGGCAAGCCUAAAACUGACAAUGUUUAUGGAAUUCAUUAACAUUUCAUGUUUAAUUUCAAAUAAUUUAGAAUGACUUUGUAGAGGUGUUUGUUUGUUUUGAGACCAAAAUAAAUAAAGCUCACCAGUUAUAA